UAAAUUUUGUGUUGUAGCUCUUGGAUUGUGAGAUGCUAUGGUGUUUGUGUGCACAAAUAGCUUAUGUGUUUUUCACAUAUUGAGAAGAAACUAUGCAAACUAGACGUCACAACAGGCUGGAAAUUCAACAAGAUGAUGAUGAAGAAGUGCGACAUUAUAUUGAGCAAUUGAUGGAUAAUCAAAACCACUCUGCAACCCAACCUUAUAUUGAGCAGUUGAUGGAUAAUCGAAACAACUCUGAGGCCCAAUCACAUGAUGGUCAAUCUAAUGAGUUGAAUAGUUGUGUUGGUGGCGCUGAGGCUCAACAUAAUGAUGAAUUAGGUACUUCGGGGGCAAGAAAGGUUCGUGGCCCUACUUUACUGAAAGAUAUUUGGAAACUUCCUGUGGGGAAGACAGUUGAUGUGUCAUUUAAUAGUCGUAACCAAGCUGUUGGGAAAGAGGGUCGAAAGCUUGCUAGCUUUCUAGGAAUUAUUGCGAGGACUCCAGAACUAACACCUCUACACAUAGAUGAUUGGAGAAACUUUGGCGACGAGGAAAAGAAGAGAUUGGUGAAUUUAGUGAGGAAACCUGUUAUACAUCAUGUUAUCUUCUAA